AUGACUUCUCCAAUGAUUCAAAAAGAUAUUGUGAGUGCAUGUAAGAUAGAGACCGUUAAAGCUAUUCUUGACGAAUUAAAUGGUGACUACUUUGCUUUACUAGUUGAUGAAUCCUUUGAUGUGUCACGCAAGGAGCAAAUGGCUAUUGUAUUUCGUUAUAUUGAUAGAAUGGGAUUUGUAAUGGAGCGACUUAUUGACAUUGUUCAUGUUGAAGAUACUAGUGCUUCAUCUUUGAAGGAGGCAAUUUUUAAUUUACUUGCUCAACAUUCUUUGAGUCCAUCAAGUGUGCGUGGACAAUGUUACGAUAGGGCAAGUAAUAUGCAAGGUGAGAUCAAUGGCCUUAAAAUGUUGAUUAGACGAGAAAGUAAAUCGGCUCAUUCAAUCCAUUGCUUUGCUCAUCAACUUCAACUAACUCUUGUUGGGGUCUCUAAAAAGUGUGUUGAAGUGGGAAAACUUGUAGUAUUGAUCUCAAAUAUUUUUAAUGUAUUGGGAUCUUCUUUUAAGCGUAUGAAUAAUUUACGAGAUUCUCAAAAAUCAACAAUUCAAGUGGCAUUAGAUAUGGGUGAACUUACAACCGGUAGGGGCUUGAAUCAACAACUUGGUCUUUCAAGAGCUUGUGAUACUCGUUGUAGAUCUCAUUAUAAAUCCUUUAACAAUUUUAUUAUUAUGUUUGGCUCUAUUCUUGAGGUUCUUGAAUCACUUGCUCUUGAUGCAAGGAGUAUGGAUGAAAGAGCCAAGGCAACGGAACAUCUUGAAGCUUGUCAAACAUUUGAGAUUGCGUUUAUGUUGCAUUUGAUGAGAGAUGUCUUAGCAAUCACAAAUGAGCUUAAUAAAUGUUUACAAAAAAAAGAGCAAGAUAUUGCAAAUGCCAUGCUACUUGUUGAAGUAGCAAAGAGAAGGUUGCAAGUCUUAAGAGAUGAUGAAUGGGAUUCUCUUAUUGCCAAGGUAUCUACAUUUUGUAUCAAACAUGAUAUUUUGAUACCUAACUUUGAGGAGCAAUAUGUUAGCUCUUUAAGAUCACGGCGGAAACUUGCUAACUAUACAAUCUUACAUCAUUAUCGUGUCGAAGUGUUUUGCAAUAUCAUUGAUUGGCAACUCUAA